AUGCCAUUGCUGAAUAGUGAUUUACGAAAAGAAUUUCUCGCAUAUAUCAAUCAACCUGAAUCAUGCGAAUUAUUUUACAUCUACAUGAAAUCGGAACAAUUGGCAUAUGUACUGGAAUUUUAUUUAGCGUGUGAUGGUCUAAAAAAUUUAGCUGAUGAUAAAAAAAAUCAAUGUGCUAUUAUUAAACUUAUUUUUAAACAUUAUUUAUCACAUGGAAAAUCUUUAUCAUCAUCAACGAUAUUUUCUCUGCCAGACGAUUUACUUUCGUCGAUAAAACAAUGUUUAACAAAACACGAAUUUCAUCUGAAAUUUUACGAUCAAGCACAAGAAUAUGUUCUUAAAUAUAUGUUACAAAUGUGUUAUCCGAAAUUUCUCAUUGAACAACAAAAUUCACCGGAAACAAAGCGGCAAGCUUUGACGGCACCGAAGUUCACGCCGAUGCAUCGUCGCUGUAUAUCAAUACGGAAAAAAGAUGUUUUCGAAAAAUUCAAACAGCAAUCAAAUCUUUCUUCAUUGGAAAGUUCGACCGUAAUCGCUGAUAAUCAAAUUGGAUUGAAUAGUUCAAAACAAUCACGAUCUACAAAAGUAAUAAAACAAGAAAAAAAUCUAUGUAGUCUUGCUCAACGAAAUCCAUCGGCAUUUUUCGAAGAAAUUAAAACUCGUUUAUUAGCAUAUCAAACUGAAAUUCCUGAUCUCAUGAUUGGCGAUGAUCCAUUCGCUGUUCUUGAUUUACAAAUAGCAAAAACAAUUGAUGAUGCUGAUAAUUUUCUAAAUGAAAGUUCGAUCGAUCAUUUUACAAGAUAUGAUUCAGGUGUGGGAACAGAUUCAUCAGAAAAAAAUUAUGAAACAUUUUGUACAAAAAGACAAUAUCCAUCAAUUGAUGUUAUAUGGAAUCCAUCACUCGAUAGUAACAAUGCUCUUCUAUCGACAAUUCCUCGUAUUUAUAAUAGAUUAACAUUUAAAGAAUUUCGACAAUUAUUUAAAAAACAAACAACAUAUAGAUAUUUCUUUAAAACAAUAUGUACGCCUGAUAUUAAUAAAGAGCAGUAUGUCUAUCGAGAAUUAACCAUGGACGAUGAAUUAGUACCAUUUUUUGAUGGAAAAAUUUUUGUACAAUUAGAUCGAAUCUAUUGA